AUGACUUUAUCUGAAUUUGACGACUGUAACAAUUAUGCUUCAGUUCGAAACAAUGCGAGCCAUGAAUAUUCAGUACGACAAGCGUUUGAGGAUGGUGGAAUAAAGGCGGGCGCAGUCCAGGCUGUACGUCUGGCCUAUGGCGUCGUCUCCCGGCGGAAGGCGGCUGAAGAGGGUGUAGCCCGACUCGCGCGAGUUCUUUCCGCUUUAGACUUGACCGCUUUGGGAGUGGGCAGCACUCUGGGCGUGGGAGUGUAUGUGUUGGCCGGGGAUGUCGCAAAGAAUUACGCGGGCCCGGCUGUGAUUUUGUCAUUUCUGUUGGCAGCUGUUGCGAGUGUGUUUGCUGGACUUUGCUAUGCCGAGUUUGGCGCUAGAGUACCGAAAGCCGGCUCAGCCUACGUCUACAGUUACGUGUGCGUUGGAGAGUUCAUUGCUUUCUUAAUUGGAUGGAAUCUCAUUCUUGAGUACAUUAUAGGUGCUGCGUCAGUAGUCAAGGCUCUCAGCGAAUAUCUGGAUUCCCUACUGAAUAAGGCGAUAUCUUCGCAAUUAGAAGCGGCCUUGCCUUUGAACACACCGCAUCUAGCGCGAUAUCCAGAUUUCUUUGCAUUUACCGUCAUCAUGGCGUUUUCUGUCGCGCUCGCGUUUGGUGUUAAGGAGUCGACCAAGUUUAAUAACUUCUGCACUGGGGUCAAUCUUUGUGUGGUGCUCUUCGUGAUCAUAUCUGGCUCUUUCAAAGCUGAUACAAAGAACUGGCGUAUCCCGGCUUCCGAAGUACCGAAGUCUGAAACUAAAGACUUCGGAAGCGGCGGUUUCGCUCCGUAUGGGCUCGCAGGCAUUAUAAAGGGUGCAGCGGUUUGCUUCUAUGGAUUUAUUGGGUUCGAUUGCGUGGCCACAGCGGGGGAGGAAGCUCGCAGGCCACAGAAGACCAUACCGUUUGCUGUGGUUGCUUCACUGCUUAUAGUGUUCCUCGCGUACUGUGGCGUGUCGUCUGUGCUGACGUUAAUGCUACCUUAUUACAUGCAGGACGAGAAGGCACCGUUCCCGUUUGUCUAUGACCAGUUGGGCUGGCCGUGGGCCAAGUAUGCCGUUAGUGUUGGAGCCAUCUGUGCUCUGUGUUCCAGUCUUCUAGGGGCGGUGUUCCCGUUGCCGCGUAUCAUCUACGCGAUGGCGUCCGACGGCUUGCUGUUCAAGUUCAUGGGGACUGUUAGCGAGCGUUUCCAGACGCCCCUGGUAGGCACCAUGAUCGCUGGACUCUUCACUGGAACAUUAGCUAUGAUAUUCGAGCUGGAGCAGCUGAUCCACAUGAUGUCCAUCGGAACCCUGUUGGCGUACUCUAUGGUCGCGUCUUGCGUUUUGCUACUCAGAUAUGAGCGAAGUCUGUCUGGUCAGCGGGUAACGGAACCUUGGAACAUAUCUUUCCGUGACGUUGUACGGCAGCUGGUGAACGCAGAUCGACAUCCCACGCCCACGCGGCUCAGUUCAGCCGUGGUCUCCGUGCUCGUCGCCCUCUAUGGCGUGUGGUGCUUCGUAAUGAUGAUCAGCAUCAACCAGCACGGAGACGCCAUCCUCGCGGGCGAGGGGGGGCCCAUCGCCGCACUGGCGGCCGGCGCGCUGCUGGUGCUGGCCACGCUCUACGCGCUCUCCCGCCAGCCCGUCUCUGAGAAGAAACUCGCAUUCUCGGUGCCGCUGGUGCCGUGGCUGCCGGGCAUCAGCAUCCUCAUCAACGUGUACCUGAUGCUCAACCUGGACUACAUGACCUGGGUGCGCUUCGCCGUUUGGAUCGCGGCUGGUCUGAUCAUCUACAUAACGUACGGAGCCUGGCAUAGUUCAGAACGUCGCAAGUGUGUAGAAGCCUUGCAGCUGGCCGAUCUUCACAACGACAGCCGCACCGAGCUGCUGCAGCACGCGCGCGGAUGA